GCACUGUUUGUAUGUGUCUCGUAGAACCCACGCUUGGAAAUGCUGACAGCCCACCUCAGUGCAGCUGAGCCCCACUAGACCCUCAGAAAACCCAUGUCUCUGGCUGCAUCCUUCAACAUGACCAAUCCACAGCCUGCCAUGGAAGGAGGGAUUUCUGAAGUUGAGAUCAUCUCGCAGCACGUCGAGGAGGAAAGCAAGAGCAUUGCUCCCGCGCAGCUGGUGCGCUUGGCCUACCGGGACCUGCCCCUGGCUGCCGCCGACCUCUCCGCGGCGGGCUCGCAGCUCCUGUCAAAUCUGGACGAAGAUUACCAAAGAGAAGGGUCUAACUGGCUGAAGCCGUGCUGCGGGAAGAGAGCAGCCGUGUGGCAGGUAUUUUUGCUCAGUGCAAGUCUCAACAGUUUCCUGGUAGCCUGUGUAAUAUUGGUGGUGAUUCUCCUGACUCUGGAACUUCUAAUAGAUAUAAAGCUCCUCCAGUUUUCCAGUGCAUUCCAGUUUGCUGGCGUCAUUCACUGGAUCAGUCUGGUCAUUCUCUCUGUGUUCUUCUCAGAGACUGUUCUGCGGAUCGUGGUGCUUGGGAUCUGGGAUUACAUCGAGAACAAAAUAGAGGUGUUUGACGGGGCUGUGAUCAUCCUGUCCUUGGCUCCAAUGGUGGCAUCCACCGUGGCCAAUGGGCCCAGGAGCCCCUGGGACGCCAUCAGCCUCAUCAUCAUGCUCCGGAUCUGGCGCGUGAAGAGGGUUAUUGAUGCCUACGUCUUGCCAGUGAAAGUGGAGAUGGAGAUGGUUAUCCAGCAGUACGAGAAGGCCAAGGUCAUCCAAGACGAGCAGCUGGAGAGACUGACACAGAUCUGUCAGGAGCAAGGGUUCGAGAUCCGGCAGCUGCGCGCGCACCUGGCGCAGCAGGACCUGGACCUGGCGGCCGAGCGGGAGGCGGCGCUGCGGGCCCCGCACGUGCUCAGCCAGCCGCGCAGCCGCUACAAGGUGGUGGAGGCCGGCGCUUGGGACGAGGAGACGGCGGCCGGGAGCGUCGUGGAGGAGCUGCGGCCCUCGCAAGAAGCCGCGGUUAAAGACGACAUGAACAGCUACAUCAGUCAGUACUACAACGGGCCCAGCAGUGACAGCGGUGUCCCGGAGCCAGCUGUGUGCGUGGUCACCACGGCUGCCAUAGACGUCCACCAGCCCAACAUCUCCUCAGACCUCUUCUCGCUCGACGCGCCCCUGAAGCUCGGUGGCAGUGGCACCUGUGCUAGUGCCACCUCGGAGAGCGCCUCCCGCUCCACCCGCAGCUCGGUCACCCGGGCGCAGAGCGACAGCAGCCAGACGCUGGGCUCCUCCACGGACUGCAGCGCUGCCCACGGGGCGCCUUCCUCUGAGCCCGGGCCGGCGCCCCUGCCGCUGCUGCCGCCACCCCAGCAGCAGAUGGCGGAGGCCACGGUCCAGGACCUGCUGUCCUCCCUGUCGGAGGACCCCUGCCCAGCCCACAGGGCCUUGGACCCAGCCCCCCUCGCCCGGCCCAGCCCGGCGGGCUCGGCCCAAACCAGCCCCGAGCUGGAGCACAGGGUAAGCGUGUUCCACCAGAAGAGCCGGGAGGGCUUCACCGCGUUCCAGACCAGGCCCGCCGUCCACUUCGCGCGGGAGGAGAAGUUCAGGUCUUUGGAAUCCAAAGAGCAAAAGUUGCACAGCGUCCCUGAGGCCUAGCGCCUCCGGUGGGCGGGGUGGGAGGAGGGAGACAGCCCUCUCAAAGCUCUCCUGGGACCCUGGAGGCCGCCAAGGGCCACAGGCGGGGCCCACGAGCCCGCCUGGCCUCCCUCAGGGUGCUGCCUGCCUCCAGGGAGGUGACGCCGGGCCAGGAGGCCACACGCCUCAGACCUGAAAGCCCAGAGCUGGCGCCUCCUCUCGCCCUGCGCAGGGGAGGGUGGUGCUUGUGGCUGCAAUUACUUUUUAACCGUUUUUACAGAAACCAGCCUGUGGCCCAGCUUCGGCAGGGUAGAGUGUGGAGGCCUGCUCAGCCUCUUCCGUUGCCUUCGUUCCUCGCGCCCACCCGGACCCUCGGGAACAGCACUGUGAGCAGGGGCCGUGCAGCCCCGCCGCGCCGCCUUUCCCGGGAACGCUGGGGGGAGCCGACCCGCACACGGAGACCCCACCUGAGCCCACUUCACUGUCCUCCUCCGCUCAUUUCGGCAUGGGCGUUUCUGUCUUCUCAAGACAAAUCUAGUUUUCACCUUCACAGGACCUAAAGGGAUGGAUCUGGGGGGCGGGUUGUGGGGGGCAGAGGGACAACCAUUUUCCAACUGUAGCUUUAAUAAUAAAAACAGCUGCAC